CCCUCCGCGCGCAUGCACUCCCCAGCCGCCGGCGCGCUGAGGCGAUGGGAGCGGCGGCGGCGGAGGCGGACCGGACGCUCUUCGUGGGCAACCUCGACCCCCGCGUCACCGAGGAGCUGGUCUUCGAGCUCUUCCACCAGGCAGGCCCAGUCAUUAAAGUAAAGAUCCCGAAGGACAGGGAUGGGAAACCAAAACAGUUUGCAUUUGUGAAUUUCAAACAUGAAGAAUCUGUCCCCUAUGGCAUGAGUCUGCUUAAUGGGAUCAAACUUUUUGGGAGACCACUCAAAAUUCAGUUCCGAUCAGGGAGCAGCCACGCAUCUCAGGAGGUCACUUCACCCUGCGCCCAGCACGGGUUUGCAAAUGGAAACCCCUUCAGUUCACAGCUGCUAGCAGCAGCAUCCAGCAACAGGUAUGAGAGGAACACAGAGAAUGUGUUGUCAGCUGGUCAGAGAUCCUUCUCAUCUCUAGAUAACCUUCAAAAAAAAGCGGUGAUGGCGUUCACGUGGCAGCAGCUCUCGCCAUACAGCAGAAGGCACAGCUCUUCACCUCCCGAGUCUGUGCCAGGGUGCCAGCAGAGCUACUCCUCCCCACAGUCCUCAGCCCCACCGGCGCAGUGGCGCUCAGAGACAGGAGCAGCUCCGCGCAAGGGCAGGGUGGGCUCCCACCCGUACCAGUCUGGCCACAGGCACCACAGCCAGGAGCAGAAGCGGCUUGUGGACUACGGCUCAGACCAUCACUUCCGGGGGAACCGGGAGGAAUAUUGCCAGGAUGACAGAAACUAUGCGGGCUGGAGUCAGAAUUACGACAGCCGGAGCUACCGAGAUGGUAGUUGGCGCCCCACCCGUCACUAGCAAGUGUUCAAAGUGGGUUUUAUGACACUUUCCUCUUGAAAAUUAGGUGGUUAUUUCCCUUUUUAAGGCUUUUUUUUUCUUUACAGAGAGCUUGUAGACAGUAACUUCACAAGUUACCUUUUUAAAAAGAAUAUAUAUAUUUUAUAAAAAUCACCCGCAGUAUGUAUUUUGAGAGAAGUUAAUUUUUGAAUUGUAUUAACUUUUCCCCUCAGGGUUUAGGCAAAAAAAAAAAAAAAAAGUGCCACACUUUUAAGCAGGUAAACAAAAGACAUUGUGUUUGUUUUAUCAGGAAAGACGUUCUGCUGCUUUGGUUGUAUUUUAAAAUGAACGUUGGUAUUUUUAUAGCGAGAGCCCCUGAGGCGGUUCUGGUGCUGCUCAGAAAAGAGCCGGGGGUAGAAAGUUUAGCGGCUGUUGAUAAUUUGGGUAACAGUGUUUUGUUACUGGAAUGAAGUUAUUGAACAUUUGUUGCAUUAAAUGUUUUGCCUUGGCACAUCUAAGAACAGAGCAAAUUUGCUGGAGAAUUUGAUAAUCAGUAACGCAGGAGGAGUUACUCAUAUUGACAGGAGCAUUAAUUUUUUCAGCUGAUCUCGUGAUUUUUGUAUUAAGGAGGAGAGCCUGCAGUAUCAUGAAGACUUGUUUAACCGUUGAGUGAUUACAGCUUCUCAGGAAAUCAUUGCAUGCCUCUGCCCAUACUAGCCAUUUAGAAAAAAUCAGACUGCUUAGAUGGCAAAGUUAGAAAACCAAUAUUUAAUUAAAGGAGAAAGAGAGGUAAGUAUUGAUGAGAAUAUGCACCCGUACAGGUUUGUAAUGAAAACAUUUCAUUAUAAAAUGGCUGUUUGGUUCCAGACCUGAUCUCAAAACUCUCAGUAAUUGGAGAGCGAAAUCUGGCUUUUCGGUAGGCCUGGGUUGGUUGCGAUGUUGAUGCUCUCCACCCUCUCCCUGGCUUUUGGGUUUAAAAUGCCGUCACUACAUGUAACUGUAAUUCUUUGUACUCUGAAACAUCUUGACGUAGCACUUAGGGGAAAGUGCCUUUAGGCUGGGAGCCCUUUUAAAAAUGUCUGUUAAGAAACUAGCAGGCCAAGCCUUCACCUGGCUUCAGCGAGCAUCUCCAGUGCUUCCUUUAACAUUAGCAGUUUGAGUGACAGUUGGUGUUUGUGCUUCCUGGGCACACAAGAGACGUAGAUUGCGUCUCAAAUUGCUGCUUUCAGUGAAAUUAGUACCGAGCCUGCAUUUGCAAUAGGCAAGAGUAUUUUGUUCACUCUGCGUGCGUUUCACUUCAAGCCAAAUCAGUUUAGGGCGGUAGCAGCAGCUGUAAAAUGUGAUUCAUCCCCAUCUCUUUCCCACUUCUACAGUACCGAGCUAUUAUUUUUCUACCAAAUGCUCCAGAAUUUCUGAAGACCGUAGUAGUGUUUUUGAGGCUGUUUUUUCUUUUUUUGAGAAGAGAGGAAGUUUUUGAGCCUUGGUUGAACUGCAUGUCUAAAGGGGUGGUUUUUCGUUGUAUUAAUUUUGACAACAUUGCCCAUACAUAAAAAACAUUUUCUAUUAGUGUUUCACUGACAAUGUUUUUGAUGAUGCCCUAAAUUAAAAAAAAAGCCCCUGAAAUUCAUUUCUAACAUUUUUCCAAGCAAUAUAGUUAAGAGUAUUAAACAUGCCCUUCUGUAGGCUUAUGUAUAUGUGUAUAAUGGCAAAAAAAAUAAACUCUUUCCUUGUAAAA